GUUAAAAACUAUUUUGUAUUACAGAAAUGCGUAGCGAGGUGGGCGAAUGGUUAGCAACUUGUGUCGGUUCUCCAAUUUGCAUACUGUUGUUAUCCUGGUCACUGCUGAUCUACCAAAACCAGCCGUCGUCCUUGAAGCGCAGGAUCGAUGUCCUCACAGUUGCCAUUAUCACACAGAGUUUGGCACAUCAAUUGGGGCUACUACUUUAUGCCAUACUAACACUUAUACGUCCAGUUAAUCACUUUGGAGAAAUAUGCUCAUCAUUAGUCUGGCUGCUGAAUUCCUCCAGCAUAUUGCAGCAACUGACUCUAACAUCAAUCGCGAUUUUCGCGGCGAUUUUCACCAAGGAAGACUCGAGCCUGACGAAGAACCACCUCAAGUACCACUUGGUCUCACUGACCGUGAUCAGCGCUUGCAUCGGAUUCACCGGGAUCCUCAACUUUGAGUCAGAAACUUGCGUGUUUCUGGCUCAAGAGGUUUCAGUCAAGUACGGGCUCUUCGUUAAUGCACUGAAGAUCCUUCUGCUGUUCGGCACAAUAUGCGGUCUGUGCAUCACGAUAUUCAAGGACGCUUGUCAGUCCCCUAAGUCUGAGCUUCUGCAGUCGGUUUCUGACCUCUCAGACACUAGCUCCAAGAAUUCUGGGUUUGAUCAUCAGCAUCAUUGGGAUCCUUCUAAUGGGUCUUUUACCAGUGGGUCUACUAAUUCUAGAGCUUGCUUGAGGAAGAGGAAGCCCAGGGUAGAUGAGAGUGGAAGCAAGUGUACUGUCUUUAGCAUAUUGUUCGUCUGCUAUGUUUUCGAUCAUCUUCCUGUUUUGGUGAUUUCAAUAAGGCCUGAGUUACUAAACGGCUUUUGCACUCCUCAAAACAUCGCAAUAUGGCUGCCGUUGAUAAAAGACACAUUACUGCCAGUAUUUCUCGCGAUAUUCGACAAAAUGUUCUGCCGAUACGUCGCUAAAGUUUACACCAAGCAAGAUAAUAUGCGAAAAUUAGCUCACUGUGGCGUAGAUGGUAAAUUUCGUCAUUUUGAACAAGACGCUGAGUACAAAUUACAACUUAACCUAAACCAUGGUUUGAAAUUCCCGCUUACCAAUGGCAGCCUUUACGGCAGGCUUCAUAAUCAUCAAAACCGAGCACGAACUGGAACAAUAACAAUGGGCAUCCAGCACUACCCGCGCGCCCAAUCCUUAACAGACGACACCUACGGUUCACUGCCUGCGGAACUGACGUCGUUCACGAGUUCCACAUUCGAGCCUCGUCAGCACAAAGACUCGAAGACCAACUCAAUUGACACCCAGUCGACGCAACGACUGAUAAAAAUGAACGAGAACUUUGAAUUUGGAACCAAAAGGAAGAUCGGCAGCACCGAUGUCUUUGGGCAGAACAUGGAGAACCUGGUCCAGCUGGAAGACCCCAAAAGGAAGCAGUUCGCCAGGAGUCUUGAUGAAAUCCGCGAGGAGGUUCCUAAGAAGGACAAGGACCUCAAGAUUCAGACCAGGAAGGACGAGCAGGAAUUCACCCGGAAUCUGGUGAGACGCAAUCAAAGUUUUGAUCAGUCAAAGUACCUGCGCGUGGGUCUGGAUUCGAGGACUUAUGACAUCAAGGACCUCAUUCGGAAGGACAGGCAGAUGGAUCUUAUGAGGAAGGACUAUGAAGAGGACGGGUUUGAUAGUUCUGAUGACGGAAGCUGCGAUUUUGAUAACGAGAACUUUGAUGACACUCUUAGUUCAUGUAAAAGUCGCAGUAGGAGCUGCUGUUCGGUUACUACUGUGGCUAAUGAUGACUUUGAGUUCUUUCAAAGGAAAGGGACCAAGACCGAAAUUUUCUCACCGAAAAAAUUACCCGACAAAAUUAACAUGAGAUCAUUCACACCAAAGAUCAUCGACGACACCUGGAUCAUCGAGAACACCGCAUCUAUUAACAAAGUGAACCCUCUUGCGAAUAAUAAUAAUAAUAAGCACAAUCUUAAUAUUAGUAAUAGUAAUAAUAAAAAUUCGUCGAAUAAAAAGAGCGUAAAACUUAUCGUAAACACGAAACCGACGAUCCAGUCGUACCAUUUAAAGAAAAUCUCCCCCGGUUACUCAAUGAACGACUUGGACAAGCUCUUCCCCGAGGAGAAGUCCCAAGAAAAGCUCGGCAAUGCUAGUCUCAAAGGCACCCUCAAAAGGUCCGAGAUUCACCAUGAUAGCGUGAGCGACGCUACUCUUAGACACAUCGGGGGCUCCGCGCCGGAUUUCAAGAAGAUUUUCCUCGAAUGCGUUUGA